UCUUUGUCUGUCAACGCUUUCUUUGUGUUUGUCAGAUAGUGUUUUUCUUCAACAGUUCCACAUUCUCAUUUGGACGCUUUUGCAUUUGUUCUCUUAUUUGCAGAUUUUCUUUUCUUCUAACUUCAGCUGCUUUUCCUUUUUUCUUUUCAAUUUUUUUUAAAAUUUUUCUCCUCUCAUUUUCAUCGGUAUUUACUAACAAAUAAGACCGAGUAAAACCCAACUCAAAUUUACUGUUCAUUUGCCUUUCUUUUAGAAGAAUCACAGAAAGGGAAGAGAGAGCUCUCUUGCUGGGGUGUUUUUUGGUUUUUGGGUAGGUGUAGCUUUGGGCAGUCAUGGUGAGGAGACAUGGAUGGCAACUACCAGCUCACACGUUUCAGGUUGUUGCAAUUACUGUAUUCUGUUUAUUAGUGAUUGCAUUUUAUGCUUUCAUUGCCCCUUUCCUUGGAGGCCACAUCUGGGAGUACGCGCUGAUUGCCACAUACUCUCCAGUGGUACUCCUUGUUUUUAUUCUUUAUGUUCGGUGUACUGCAAUUAAUCCUGCAGAUCCUGGCAUUAUGUCCAAAUUCAACACAGACAUAAGAAAUAAGCCCGAUAUGCAUAAUGGGUUAUCAGAGAAAGAUUUGCCAAAAAAAUUUGAUGAAAUUGGCAGUGCAUUGCAUUCUUCCGCAUCAUCGGCUUCUAGAAGCUCUAUAGCUGCACCUAACUCUAGUAAGAAAAGUUCAGCGAGAGAAAUUGGGGAAGUAGAUAUGGCAGUGCAGCCUCUGACCAGAAAAUCUUCUUGUAACUUUGGAGGAAUCUUCUGUGCAUUGUUUGUUCAUGAAGAUUGCCGCAAACAGGAAGGUGCAGCUGAACAACAGGGCACUGGUGAAGAUGCUUUGUUUUGUACAUUGUGCAAUGCUGAGGUACGCAAAUACAGCAAACAUUGUCGAAGUUGUGAUAAAUGCGUUGAUGGUUUUGAUCACCAUUGCCGGUGGCUUAACAAUUGUGUUGGGUACAAAAAUUAUGUAACUUUUAUUUCUCUAAUGGCCCUUAGUCUUGUUUGGCUUGUACUUGAAGCUGGAGUUGGUAUUGCUGUCUUAGUGCGUUGCUUUGUAAAUAAGAAAAGCAUGGAUGCUGAAAUUGUGGACACACUGGGAAAUGGUUUCUCUCGAGCUCCUUUUGCUACAGUUGUGGCUGUGUGUACUGCAGUCUCAAUUCUAGCAUGUAUACCUUUGGGUGAACUCUUCUUUUUCCACAUGAUAUUGAUCAGAAAGGGUAUCACAACCUACGAGUACGUUGUGGCAAUGAGAGCAAUGAGUGAAGCACCUGCUGGAGCAUCUGUGGAUGAGGAGCUGCCAAAUGUGCUAUACUCCCCAACAGGAUCUGCAACUACAGGCUUUAGUGGUGGUAGUUCACUUGGCUUGCAGUACAAGGGAGCAUGGUGUACGCCUCCCAGGGUAUUUGUGGAUUAUCAGGAUGAAGUUGUACCACACUUGGAGCCUGGAAUGGUCCCAUCAACUGUUGAUCCAGAUGCAGCUGCAGUUGCAGAAAGAGGCAACAAGGUACCCAAAAGGCCUGUUCGAAUUAGUGCUUGGAAACUUGCAAAGUUAGAUUCCACUGAGGCUAUGAGAGCAGCAGCCAAGGCCAGGGCAUCUUCCUCAGUUUUGAAGCCUGUUGAUAACCGUCAUUUACAAGAUCCUGAAUAUAGUUCUAGUGGCAACAUGAGUGUCAGAAGUAGUGUGAGUACUGACAAGGGAGCAAACAAGGAGAUCAAGAAUGAGUCGAGACUACCUAUGGUUGGAAACUCUUUUGCUCCAAGUCAAGGCAGCAGGGAUGAGUAUGAAACUGGGACUCGGAGUGUUAGUAGCUUCAGCAGCCCAAGCCACAUUCAUGAGUCAGUCACACUUAGUCCUCUGCCACAAGUGAAUGGUUUAGGUCGUUUUAAUGCAGAAACUUCGGUCACUGGCUUUGUUCCUGAUCAUCCUGUAACUGCUAAGGCAGUUUUUCCUUCUGGAAGCAAUCCUUUAUCAGGAAAUGAGGAAAAGAUUGUGCAGAAGGGAACUAGUACUGAACCAUUACUUUUUUCAGGACCAGCUACUUCUCUUCUUAGAGAUGUCAAAAGGACAUCUGUUGUUUGGGAUCAAGAUGCUGGCAGGUAUGUAUCAGUUCCUGUGUCAGCUUCUGAAGCUAGAAACAAAUCAACAAUACAAAUGGGAUUGCCAAAUUCUAGUGUAGAAAUGAGCAAUCAUGGCAAGAAGCCAAUAAUUCCAUCACAAGAGCCUUCAUCUUCAGCAACCAAGACUCCGGCUCAGCAAGCUGAGAAACUGAUGUACACAGGGGACUCCAUUUUCUUCGGUGGCCCACUUUUGAGUGCCCCAAUUAGGGAUGGUUUAGGAAAUGGAGGUUCAGGUUCAAGAGAGGGCCAACAGAGGUUAGCACUGAGCUUACCACGGGAGUCUAGAUUCAAAAGAGAUUCCACCUCAAACCAACUUCCUGUCUUUGUUCCUGGGGGUUUAGAGCAGAACCCUCCUCCUGGAUCUGGUUUAACGAAGAGUUAAAAAGAUUUGAACUUGGAAUUGGGAUUUGUGUACAAUUUUUGGUCCAAUUAUAGGGUGAGUUAAAAAGUGAUGGACUUGAAGAAGAAACCUCUUGUGGGAGCAUUUGAGCAGCCCCAGGAACCUUGCAAUUUUGAGCUAUUGUAAAUCUGUGUUGUGAGGUUCAAGCGGUUUCUUCUUUGAAGGGACACUUAAGGUAAAGAAGCACAUGCAAGGUAUCUCAACAUAGCUUGUCCCCUUAGAUUUCUUUCUAAUCCUGUACAAUUGGCAUUGUUGAUGGAUUGCAAAAGAUUAACUAUUCAUCUCUUUAAUGGUGUUGGGAAUUGAUAUGUUAUUUCCAUUCCACUGA